GGCUCCAAGUUGGCUCCACGCUCCGCCCCAACGCUCGAGCCUGACCUGCGCACGCGUUGUGCGAGCAGCCCGUCUCCUCCCUUCGCUGGGCUGGCGGCGACGUUUCGCGUCCAGCCAGCGGUGGUGCUAUCGCCGGAGCUGCCCCGGAGCCGGCGACCGUGCAGUCUCGGGGGAGGGGCGCGUGAGCCGGUGCAGGAAGAAAGUGCAGGCGGCGGCCGCCGUGCUCGUCGCGGCUGAAGAAAAUGGUGUUCGAGUCGCUGGUGGUGGACGUGUUGAACCGGUUCUUGGGGGACUAUGUGGUGGACCUGGACAAGUCCCAGCUCACUCUGGGCAUCUGGGGAGGAGCUGUGUCCCUGAAGAAUCUUGAAAUUAAAGAAAAUGCCCUGAGUCAGUUCGAUGUACCAUUUAAAGUUAAAGCUGGUCAUAUAGGUAAUCUUAACCUUGUAAUUCCAUGGAAAAACCUUUAUACUCAACCGGUUGAAGCUGUAUUGGAGGAAAUUUAUUUACUCAUAGUGCCUUCUUCUAUAAUAAAAUAUGAUUCUUUAAAAGAAGAAAGACAACUCUUGGAAGCAAAGCAACAGGAACUAAAAAGAAUAGAAGAAGCAAAACAAAAAGUAGCUGAUCAAGAACAGCCCCAGGAGGAGAAACAGCACACUUUUGCAGAAAAAUUAGUUACUCAGAUCAUAAAAAAUUUACAAGUGAAAAUUUCCAACAUCCAUAUUCGCUAUGAAGAUGAUGUAAGUAUUUUAAUAGAUGAUAUUUGUUUCUGUAUUUGUAUGUAAGUUAUUUUUUUGUUUAUUGACACAUCUUCUCCUCUGUUUUGCCAGCCUCUUAGGAUGGGGGGAGAUAGAGGGAUAUCUUUUGUAUAAUUAUAGUUGUACUUUGCAGUUCUUAGUGGUAAGUGCUUGGUUACACUUUAAUAAAAUGCUCAAACAUUGGAUAGUGAAAGAAAGUGCCUUUCUUAAAAUCACCUUCAAUAAGUGGGAGUUACAAAUUAACAAUUAUGUAUUUAAAAAAUACUUUAAAAUAUGCUAUAUCUACCUCCUGUAAAGAGCAAUUGUCUAGGAAUCAGCACAGCCAGACUUAACUGUUUGACCUUGAGUAGAUCAUUUGUUUUCUCUAAAAUGCAAUUAUUUGAUCUGUGUGCUAUUUUGAGUGUCAGUC